AUGAAUCUCGACGAGGAGGUCCGUCUCUAUCACACCUCUUCCGAGAGGGAAAAAGUGGAGAAUCUAGCUACGCUCUACUCCAUCAUCGUUUCUCUGGAAUACCUUGAACGAGCAUAUGUGAGGGACAGCGUAACCGGUAAAGAGUAUGCACCCGCGUGCAUCAAGCUCUUGGCACAAUACAAGAGUCUCAUGAAGCUCGUAGGAGAUGAGAUAGGAGGCUUGGAGACAUUCAUGAAGCGUUACAAAAUGGAUCAUCCCGCCGCAUUACAUCGACUGCAGGUUGGUGUCCCAGCCACGGUCGAGCACUCGUCAGAGGCCACUGAAGGGGGCUCUGAACAUGGGAAAUGGGUCGCAGAGACCACUCAAUCGUUCAUCACGUUCAUGGAUGCUCUCAAGCUCAACCUUCGAGCGAAGGACCAAUUACAUCCAUUCUUGACAGAGUUGAUGAGUGGGUAUUCGAGAUUCAAGGGGAGUCAAGAGUGGGAGGGAAGGGGCAAGAUUGUUCAUUGGCUCAUCACGCUUAAUGCUCUCAAAGCCAGUGAUGAGAUUACCGAAGAGCAGUCUCGCCAAAUGCUAUUUGACAUCGAAAACGCAUACAACGAAUUCUUCCGCUCUCUAUCGACGUCGAAGGCGGCCUAG